AUGGAAGCGUUGGAAGAUAUCCAAGUUGACGAUAUGCCCUAUCGGGCUUCUAUAAAUCCCGAAGCAUACGAGCGAUGUGGACAGGCAUAUCUUCGUUAUUUCGAGGAAUUGGACAGGCUAGGUCCUUUGGAAGAGAGUGAAGUGGUUACCAGCGCUAGAAAAGAGUCUGGUAAAAAAAGUAGAGUGGGAGCUAAGCCUCUAAGCGGCGUGCGUGGCAUAUACUACACCCGUGGGACGUGGCGGGUACAGUACCGAGGUGUAGACAGAGAGGUGGUGACUUGUGUGUUUACCUAUGAUAGUAAAGAUGUUCUUAUUGCCACCUUCGAUCUCGCCUUCAAAUUACUUCGGAAGGUCAUUGACCUGGGAAGACAGAUGAAAAGUGAGGACGGGAUGAUAAUCACCAGCAUAACAGAAGAACGGCUGUUGGACUUAGAUCGGAGGUCUAAGCUGCGCCCGGCUAAACAAGAUUCAGCAAGCUCCAAGGAGCUCACAACGGCGUCCGGCAAACGUAUAAGUCGUCAACGCCAGGAUAAAUACUUGGAUGAUUGUGAGGACGAUGACGAGGAUAGCGACUCCGAUAACGUGUAUUCCCCCGUGCGAAAGAAAACACGUUUGAGUACGGAAGAUGCAUCCAAAAAAUCUAAGAUGUUACCUUAUCACGCUCCCAUGCCAUACAUGGGAGGAACGAGCACCGGCUUGUUACCAGCGAUGCCUUGCUAUGCGGGCAAAAUGAACUCUUUCGAGCGGAUGUUUCAGUCGUAUGGAAGCUUCACAACUCACCAGCUAAUCAACUACCUCAUAGAAAAGAAUUGCAUGAGAAGUAAUGAAAGAGCUCUUGCCGAACGGCAAAAAAGGUACCACACGGGAAACACCGCGCAUACAGCUUCCGUCGGUGAAUUUGAAGGUAAAAGUUGCCCCGAUUGUGUUGAAGAGUUAAGAGAUGACGAACGUGGUUACACCAAAGAUGUGGACCCGGUGAAUAACGUUAACAGAAGCUACCUGCGUGAACCGAAUGGUUGGUAUUGUAGCGUUUUUUUCGUAAUACAACUUCAGAAAUGUGCUAUAUGGUGGAUCCGGUGUUCAACCAGACACUUCAACCAGACAUUUGCACGGCUGCGUCAGGUAAUUAACAUUACAAUAUUACAUGAUUAA